AUGAUGAUUAAUAGAAUUGCAAAAGUAAACACGCGCAACAUCGCCACGAGCGUGCGCACACUCGCCAACAAGGCAGAAGAUGUGGACUCACACGCCAAUUCGCCAUGGCAAGCGACGAUAAAGGAGGGUGAGGAGAGUGGGGAGUAUCCCGGGAUGAAGCCCAACGACCAAGAGACUAAGCAGUCAAUAGGCUCAGCUUCUGCCGAUCAAGUGGGCGGAAAGCGUGAUGGACAUGCUUACGCUGGUGAGAAGGUUGAUGCACCAGAGCCAGGUUUAAAGGAUAAAUUCAAGAAGGCUCUUGGCUUAGCUUCGGAUAAUGAGAGUAAAAAGGGCAGAACAUACACUACACUCGCACGCCAAUUCUCUUCCACUGGCCACCUCAACAAGAAGGCAAACGAGCCCAAAGAGGAGACUAACAAUGCGCAGUCUGGCCAUAUUCACCACAGCAAUGCCACUGGUCAGCCUCUGCAUGGCGCUGACAACGUCGACAAACCUGCUCGCUACAGUGACGCACUCGCGAAAGAAGAGGGUGUCCACAGUGGUGCCAGAGGUGGUUAUGUACAUGCUAUGCCUAGUGCUGAAGCUGAGAGCAGCGGCAAAUCUUCAGCAUACCCAACCAAUGAUGCUGUAGGUAUGGAAAACUACCCAGCUGCCAACUUGGAUGGCGUUAAACCUUCGGGGUCAGUGCCUGGCUCAAGCACCAUUCCAGAUCCACUACCAGAGAGCAUCAGAGAGAGUGUGACGCGCACCACCGAUCCAGAUGCGUUAGGUUCUAGCAAUAGGCUCAGACACGGCCAGUCACCUGGCAGAGACUUCAACGAAGAGGGUUCGAAUAUGAACGAUUUGCCAAGAGACAGAGUCGACCCAACUUCAGAGCUCGGUUCCAGAGGUGUGAACCUCCCACCACCACCACGCACACAGGCAGAGCUCGACCAGCUCCAUCCUGGCCGAAAGAAUCCAUCAAAGUGA